AGUGAAGACUACUCAGAGGGUGAAUGUGUUAUCAUCCAUGAAAUUUAUGAUUCUGAGGAUGCACAUGAACAGUUUGAAGCAGAUUUGGAACGAGCAUUGGAAAAUCAAUGCAAGAUGAUCGCCAUUGAGCCAACGGCAAUCGGAGAAGAGACAGCUAGGUGGAUCCAAGUAGGAAAUUGUUUACACAAGACGGCUGUUAUUGCUGGACUUGGUUGCUUUGUGAGCCCAUGGGUUUUGCCCAAAGCUCUUAAAGAACCCAUGAGCUUGGUCUGUGGUGGAAUUAGCUUCUUCUGUGCUGCUUUGUAUGGAGUCUCAUGGCAGUUUGAUCCAUGCUGCAAAUAUCAAGUUGAACAUGACACUAAGAAGUUGGCAAAAUUGCCACUUGGAAGCCUCACAUCCUCAUCGCCAAUUGUUCUUGUCAGAAAAGAUGAUAAAUAUCGAAAAAGACUUCAGAACUUGGUAGCUGGCUCAGCUUUCAUUUACUGCAGCUGGAAGGUUUAUGUGUGGUAUUUUGGUUGAUGUGGCCUAUUUCUCGUGUUCCUGUGUGCGAAUCAAAUAUUGGAAGCCUUGGAUAAACACAUAGCAAACAGUGUUGCUAAGGUCAGGACAUGUUACAGGAGCCAAUCAGGCCGACACUAUGGUUGAAUGUGGGGAUUUAUUGAACCAAGAUUAUUUUAUAAGGCAGUGUAUCUCAAAUUCAAUAAGUUAUUUAACAUCUGUGUCAUCCUUCAACAUGAUAGAAACAUUACAUUUUUUGCUCACCUUUUCACUUCCAAUCUGAACCUUGAUCUCUUUUGCCUAGUCAAAAUGGUUUACAGUUGUGGCAAAAGAUAACCAGAGAAGCAUGCAGUAAAGGACUAAACAUGUGUGGAUUUUAUUUAAUUUUAUUAUGCCCAAGUGUCAAGUAGGCAAAAAAUUUUCCACGGCAAGCAGCAAUGGCUGCCAGUGCAUUUACUGGUCUGCACUUACACAUAAAAGUUCUGUUGUGGCUACUUACUGGUACAUAUUAAAGAAGACUGUACAAUCCUAGCACAAAGAGCAUAUUAGAAUCACAUUAUUUAAUAUGUAAAAAGCCAGUUUCCAAGCCAAAGUUUAGAAUCACAGUCAAACCAUUUUUACUUCAAUCUAAUAGUGGCUGAAGUAGAAAUUCACAAAAAUUCCCAAUUUUCUUCUUGUGAAAAGCUCAAGAAAUGUAACUAAACAGUGCUUUGCAAAAGUUCUUCCAAAGAAGUUUGAGUGGAUACACCAUAGGAUUUUACUCAGAUUCAAGUUAGAAUGCCAAAUCAUUUCACGAAAACUUGAUCUAGGAGUGAAAGGGCUCAGUAAAAUCAUUGCAAUGUAAUCAUCGGUUAGCUUACAUUUACUGAAAAACAGAAAUGACUCUCUUUCAUGUUUCAAGUACAUAAUGAUGAGCCAGGGCUGUUCAUUAAGAAUUUCAAGGAGAAUAUGUUUUAAAAACCAGGGUUGGUACAGAGUCUUGAAUUCUUGAAAAAGACUUGAAAUUUAACUACACCUGGAAAAAAUCUGGAAAUUGAGAGAUAAAGUGUGAAAAUAAAUGGUGAUAAGUAGUGAGUUUUUUUUUUCAAAGCUACAACAAGUG